AUGGACGCCGCCGCCUCUUCUUCCUCAUCCUCGUCCGCAGCCGUCGCAGCGCCGUCGGCGGGCACAUCACUGCCGGACCGUAAGCGCUUCAUCGCCACUCUGGGCGGCGGCGCCUUUUUCCUCGGCCUGACGGGCGCCACCAUCUACGGCCUGCGAAAGGCACGCGCACAGGCGCUCAAAGAGGCUCAGGAGGCCGCCCUCUCGGCUUCGGCCGCACAGUCGCCCGCCAUCGCCAGCGUGCCCUCGUCAUCGUCAUCGUCGGCGGCAGCGACAUCCUCAACAAUCUCGGUGCUCCGCAAAGCUCCCACGACGACGGCGGCGGCGGCUGCCCCCACUUCAGUGUUUGACGAUGCGUCCAACUCGACCCUUCCCGGCGUUUUGAGACGCAGGACGGCGACGACUCAGAAACCAACACCAGUCUCUGCGCAUCCUCAUCUCGUCUCCGCUACAGUCAGCUCGUCGGCAGCCAACCCCAGCAGCAGCAGCUCGACAGCCAUCAGUGGAUCCACCUCGCCAUCGCCCGACUCCAAGAUCGACUACAGCGAGAUGGACUCGACGCUCGACUUUUUCGGGCUCUCCACCCCGCAGACUGCCAGCGAGAAGGCGCAGGGCGCCGGCGAGGGCGAGGGCGACGGGGCCGAGGAGCGGUAUCGACCGAUGAGUUUCGGCGAGACGCCCGUCGGACUCUCGCUCAAGGCCUUUGCCACGGCCACGGCCAUCGUGCUCGGUUCGGCCGCCGUCGUCGUCGAGACGACGCGGAGGGUGAUGGACGUGCACAGCCUGGACGAGGUUGUGCUGCGGAUGAGCACCAUUGUCCCCUCUCGCUCCAGCGGCGCAGAGGCGCUGAGCGGCAUCUCCCCGUCGCUCCGCACCACCACCACCUCCUCCUCCUCGUCCUCCUCUCCCUCGACGACGGCGACACCGGUAGCGGGCGGGGAAGGGGAGAGGGCGGCUCCGAAGCCGAUGUCGGUGCAGGAGACGAUGGACGCUCUGGGUGCCGCGACGAGCCUCGAGGCGUGGUUGACGACGCUCAAGACGCAGCUCGACGCCGAGCGCGACGACGAGGUGGCACGGCGCUUUGCCAACCUCGCCGCGUACCAGGACCACGUCCGCGCGCGCUCCGAGGCAAACGACGGUCGACACGUCAACGAUUCCAUCUCGAGGUCGUACGACAUUCACUCUCCCCUCGAAGACGUCGCGUCGUCGUCGUCGUCGCCCCCUUCUCUGACGAUGAUGGGGCAAGACCAGACGCCGAACAAGCUGUCGAGUUCGAGGUACACACUGUCCAUCUCUCCGCUCCUCCCGCUCUCGGCCUUCGGCUUCGGCUUCGUAUCGGGCCUCACGUCGGCCGGGAAACGGGCCUCGCUCGUCUUUAUGGCCGAGAACGCGCACCGCCUGCCGGAUACGGUGCAGGGGUGGUACUUCUACUCCAAGACGAAAAACUACCGCAUCCUCCUCCGCGGCAUCCAGGGCGGGAUCAGGCAGGGCGCCAGGCUGAGCGUGUGGACGACGGGCUUCUGCAUCGCCGAACGACUCAGCGAGCUGGGACGCGGCGCGCUCGGCGAGUUCCUCGAUAGACUCAGGAGGGAUCCCCACGUCGGCGUCGCAGGAGGCGGUGGCGGUAACGACAACGCCGUCGUCGUCGCCGUCGAUGCGGCCCAUUCGGCGUCCAAGUUCCUCGGCCACUGGACCGACGGCUCCGUCGCCGGCCUCGUCACGGCCACCGCGGCCGUUUCCCUCUAUCAACUGACAAAGACGCCCGCCAUCCGAGUGCUCCAGCUCGGCGUUCUGGCCGGCGGUCUGACGGGCGCCUUGCGCGAUGCCCAGGAACGCCUCGUCCACCGCGAGAUUGGCGGCGUCGCCAGCCAUACCUAG